AUGCCUCGAGAAAAUAGGAAACGCGGCAAAAAGCAUAAGAAAGAGGAAGCGGCAGAAACUACACCUUACCCCGAAGACGCCCAAAAUCAGGAGGAGAUAGCGCAACAUGCUGGGCCGUCAUGGAUUGUUGAUAGGAACACGGCGGGACACGAAAAUAAUGGGCAAUCCCUUUCACCAGACGCGCCGUUUGGCUAUGUAGAUCCAGACGUGAAGGCAUAUUUCAAAACUGUUGAUAAUAGUCUGCGUGAAUGGCAGGAAGUGGCUGACACAGGAGAGCUGGACGAAGGAGACGCUGAUCCAAACGAGGAGCGAAGAUUAUUCCUAGUCGCCGCCCUCCAGGAGCUGUCUGGGAAGGAAAAACAACUAGCAACAGACCCAGAAUGCUCAAAUGUUCUGGAGCGAAUGACGUAUUCUAUGGAUGACUUCGUCAAGCGCGUGUUUGUUGAUCGACUUGCUGGAUCACUUGAACAACUCUCAAGACAUCGGUUUGCUUCGCACGUUGUGCAGACACUUUUGUCAGUAGCGAAAGGGACAAUAUACCGUGAGGCCAAGGGUAUUCUACCUAAGCCUCCGGACGAUAAUGAAGAAAACAUGCAAGGACAUCUACCUCUACUGACUGAGAUCAUCGUCAAUUUGAGUAAUGAACUCCUUCCUUCUACAACAAUCCUUAUAAUGGAUCCGUUUGCGUCGCACGUCCUCCGCUCCCUAUUCGUGCUACUCUGCCCUACGAUUCCUUCUGCAACCGAUGCUUCUUCUAUCCUGCGCUCAAAGAAAAGUGCUAAGCACCGUGCAAAGCAGGGUCCCAUGAAGUCUGUCUUCACAGACUCCUCGCGGGAUGCUGAUACAUUCAAUGGGAAGGGCAAGGGAAAAGCCGUCUUUGCUUACCCUCCAGAGUUUCAGGUGUUGGCACGUAGGUUUGUAAAGGAAAUAAGAGAAAAGCUAAGUGAGAACGAGAUACGGGCGCUCGCUGUAAAUAAAAGCGCAUGUCCAGUCCUAGUGAUUUUGCUUGAGAUGGAGUCCGCUCAUGGAACUUCAAACGAAGCUGGUUCGCUGAUGGACACCAUCUCUGCCAGUCUCAUCUCUUCUACUCUGCAAAAGCCCGAGCGUAAGCUUGAGCCAUCUGACUUUGUCGCCACACUACUACGCGAGCCUACCUCCUCGCAUCUACUGGAGAGGCUGAUUAGCAUGUCUCCGGGGGCAGCGUUUGACGCAAUUUGGGAUCUUUACUUUACUGGUAAGUCGGCUCGAGAUAUGGAUCAUUCAGGGUCAUGGAAAGGCAGUUCAGGGAAGUUAGGGCGACUCUCGGUGCACCCCGUUGCUAAUUUUGUGGUCGCUCGGGCCAUCGCACGGCUCAAUUCCGAUCAACUUUCGUCCGUAUUCGAAGAAUUAAAGAGCUCGUGGUCGAAGAUAAUAAGGGGUGCGAAGACGGGUGUAUUAAAAGCUUUGGUAGACAGAGCAGCAUCGCUAAAGAGUCGCCAAGAGGAAGUGACCCAGGUGGUUCUUGAUGCUUUUGACCUAGGUACCGAAGAAGAGCGACUCUACCUGGUUGAAUGCGUGUUAUAUCUGGUGCCGUACGGAGAGCUGCAAGAUGCUCGGAAACAAACUGGUAGCGGCCCGAAUGCUGGAGACACCAAAUCAUUUGUCUUGGAGCCGACAAUUCAAGGCUCGGUUCUUGUUCAAUCCUUACUUCAACUCGACGCACCACACAACCAGCCGACGAUUCAGAGUCUCACACGACUUCCAGCACCGCGUCUCCUCGCACUUGCACAUCAUGCAGUCAGUUCGCGAAUCUUCGAUGCAUUUCUCACGACGCCAGGCAUACCGUCAAGUGCUCGCCGUCAACUCAUCCUAGCUUUUCAAGGGCCCUUCCCCGCUCUCGUCGACGACCGGGUAGGAAGCCGCGUCGGAGAGCGACUGUGGGCUGCGGCGGAUCCGUAUCUGAAAGAGAAGAUUGCGAAGGGUUUGAUCCCACAUGAGACUGCUCUAGUUGGCUCGCAUUACGGGAAAUUCUUCAUGCGCGGGCUAAACUUGUAUCUGUUGAAGCGGAACCCAGAAGAGUGGAAGACGCAGCAAGCUCAGGUCAGCACGACUGCUGCGAAGAGGCAUACCGAGGAGGUCAAGCACGAACAGCUGCUACCAGCCUCCAAUAUCGAGACCAGCGCAGCAGAGAAGCGACGAGAGAGGAAACGGAAACGGAAGACAGGACCCGGGCUCCAAGAUGAAAUUGACGAGCUGUUUACGUCUGCGUUCGGAAAGCGACAGAAGCAAUGCAGUACGACCAUUGCGGAGCAGGACCCGACAGAAACACAACAGAUGGUAGCUACCCCGGCGACGAAAAACAUAUCGAUCGAUUCGGAGCUAAACAGUGUGCUUGGUGCUAUACGCAAUGCACCGACGGAGUUAAAGUCCGGCGGGAAGAAGAACAAGAAACAGUAAAUUUACUGAGCUUACUUAUGUUUUCAUGUCUCUACCUUACCCUCCGUCGCAAUAAGGAUUAUGGAGAUUGUCUUGUACAAAGCUCGUGCUAACACUACAAAUCAUGUAUGUAACGAAGAAGAGGUUGUGUGCUGAGUGAACUGCAUAUCACUAGUCGUCCCAAUACUGUCCAUUGUCGUCCUGCCGUCUGCAACUUCUUCCCCUGCUUCUUUAAAAUUUAUCAGGAUUCGAGUUUC